CGUGACGUAGUAUUCGUGCGUCCGUGUCGUUUGGGGGCGCGACUCUGAACAUGGCGCGUUCCUAGAAGCCGCUUUCGGCAUCAGUAGGCGGCGGCGUGUGUCCUGGAAGCGUGGGACGUCUGGCUGACCGAAGCCGCAGUGUUGGGGAGUGGAAGCAGGAGAGCUGGGUCUGUCGGAUCGAACCAAACGGUUUCUAUGGAUCUCAACAGUGCCAGCACUGUUGUUCUUCAGGUGUUAACUCAGGCCACCAGCCAGGAUACUGCUGUGCUCAAACCAGCAGAGGAGCAGUUGAAACAGUGGGAGACACAGCCAGGUUUCUAUUCGGUCUUGCUGAAUAUUUUCACAAAUCACACUCUGGAUAUAAAUGUAAGAUGGCUUGCUGUACUGUAUUUUAAAAAUGGAAUCGAUCGUUACUGGAGACGUGUCGCACCUCAUGCUCUGUCAGAGGAGGAGAAGUCAUCAUUGCGUGCCGGGCUAAUCACCAACUUCAAUGAACCAAUAAACCAGAUUGCAACUCAGAUUGCAGUGCUGAUUGCCAAAGUUGCACGAUUGGACUGUCCCAGACAGUGGCCGGAACUGAUUCCCACUCUUAUCGAAUCUGUGAAAGUCCAAGAUGAUCUUCGACAACAUAGAGCAUUACUUACCUUCUAUCAUGUUACUAAGACUCUGGCUUCUAAACGCCUGGCUGCUGAUAGAAAGCUGUUUUAUGAUUUAGCUUCUGAAAUUUAUAAUUUUGCCUGCUCUCUGUGGAAUCAUCAUACAGACACAUUCCUUCAGCACGUUUCUUCUGGCAAUGAAGCUGCAGUUCUGAGUUCACUAGAACGAACUCUACUGUCGUUGAAAGUGCUGCGAAAGUUGACUGUUAAUGGAUUUGUGGAACCUCAUAAGAAUUUGGAGGUGAUGGGUUUUUUACGCGGGAUAUUUGAACGUCUAAAGCAGUUUCUGGAAUGUAGUAGAAGUAUAGGUACAGAUAAUGUAUGUAGAGAUAGAUUGGAAAAGACCAUUAUUCUUUUCACUAAAGUGCUUUUGGACUUCUUGGAUCAGCAUCCAUUUUCAUUUACUCCUCUAAUUCAGAGGUCCCUGGAGUUUUCUGUGUGCUAUGUGUUUACAGAAGUUGGUGAAGGUCUUACAUUUGAGCGAUUCAUUGUCCAGUGCAUGAAUCUCAUUAAGAUGAUUGUCAAAAAUUACGCUUACAAGCCAUCCAAAAAUUUUGAAGACAGCAGUCCUGAAACUCUUGAAGCUCAUAAGAUUAAGAUGGCAUUCUUCACAUACCCCACUUUGACAGAGAUUUGUAGAAGAUUAGUCUCUCAUUAUUUUCUCUUGACUGAAGAAGAACUGACAAUGUGGGAAGAAGACCCAGAAGGCUUUACAGUGGAAGAAACAGGAGGAGAUUCUUGGAAGUACAGUUUGAGGCCUUGCACUGAAGUGCUAUUUAUAGAUAUAUUCCAUGAAUAUAAUCAGACUCUUACUCCAGUACUUCUAGAGAUGAUGCAAACACUUCAAGGACCAACUAAUGUGGAAGAUAUGAAUGCAUUAUUAAUUAAAGAUGCUGUAUAUAAUGCUGUUGGAUUAGCUGCUUAUGAGCUGUUUGACAGCGUUGAUUUUGAUCAGUGGUUUAAAAACCAACUUCUCCCUGAGUUACAAGUCAUUCACAAUAGAUAUAAGCCUCUGCGCCGCAGGGUGAUUUGGCUCAUUGGUCAGUGGAUUUCUGUGAAAUUCAAGUCUGACUUAAGACCCAUGUUAUAUGAGGCAAUUUGCAACCUGCUUCAAGAUCAGGACUUAGUGGUCCGUAUUGAGACAGCUACAACACUGAAGCUAACUGUUGAUGAUUUUGAAUUUAGAACAGAUCAGUUUCUACCGUACUUGGAAACCAUGUUCACACUACUUUUUCAGUUGCUGCAACAAGUUACAGAAUGUGACACAAAGAUGCAUGUUUUACAUGUUCUUUCUUGUGUGAUUGAAAGAGUCAACAUCCAGAUUCGACCUUAUGUAGGAUGUUUGGUACAGUAUUUACCUCUUCUUUGGAAGCAGAGUGAAGAACACAAUAUGUUGAGGUGUGCUAUUCUGACUACACUGAUUCAUCUUGUUCAGGGAUUAGGAGCAGACAGCAAGAACCUGUACCCUUUCCUGCUCCCAGUUAUUCAACUGAGUACAGAUGUUUCUCAGCCUCCACAUGUUUAUCUUCUGGAAGAUGGUUUAGAAUUAUGGUUAGUGACACUGGAAAACAGUCCAUGUAUUACUCCAGAGUUGCUUCGUAUAUUUCAGAAUAUGUCAGCACUUCUGGAACUAAGUUCCGAAAAUCUCAGAACUUGCUUUAAGAUCAUCAAUGGGUAUAUCUUUUUAUCAUCAACUGAAUUUUUACAGACAUAUGCCAUAGGUCUAUGUCAGUCCUUCUGUGAGCUGCUAAAAGAAGUCACUACAGAAGGUCAAGUUCAAGUUCUCAAGGUUGUAGAAAAUGUCCUGAAAGUAAACCCAGUGUUAGGACCACAAAUGUUUCAACCAAUUCUACCCUGUGUUUUUAGAGGCAUUAUAGAAGGGGAGAGGUAUCCUGUAGUGAUGUCAACUUAUCUUGGCGUUAUGGGUCGAGUCCUGCUACAAAACACUAGUUUCUUUUCUUCACUUCUUAAUGAGAUGGCACAUAAAUUUAAUCAAGAGAUGGAUCAGCUUUUGGGUAGUAUGAUUGAAAUGUGGGUUGACCGUAUGGACAACAUUACCCAACCAGAAAGAAGAAAACUUUCAGCUUUGGCUUUACUCUCUCUUCUACCUUCUGAUAAUAGUGUUAUCCAAGAUAAAUUUUGUGGGAUUAUAAACAUCUCAGUGGAGGGCCUACAUGAUGUCAUGACAGAAGAUCCUGAAACAAGAACAUAUAAAGAUUGUAUGCUGAUGUCUCAUCUUGAAGAGCCAAAAGUAACAGAAGAUGAAGAACCACCUACAGAACAGGAUAAGAGGAAAAAGAUGCUGGCCCUGAAGGACCCGGUACACACCGUGUCGCUGCAGCAGUUCAUCUACGAGAAGCUCAAGGCACAGCAGGAGCUCUUAGGAGAGCAAGGCUUCCAGUCCCUCAUGGAAACGGUGGACACAGAGAUCGUCACCCAGCUUCAAGAGUUUUUACAGGGCUUCUGAGAACACACGUCAUGUAGCUGUCCCCCUACCUUCCCGCCCUCCCUUCACAGUAAGCCGAGGAACCCAGCCUGCCAUCUGUGUGUUUGAACAUGCUGAGACAAGGAAGAAAUCUCCCACAAAUGAAGAUGAAGUGAAGACCACACAUUUCAUACUACAGAAUUCAGCGAGUAAAUGAAACUUCCAUAUAACUAAAAUCACAAACCUGUCCCACAAAAUAACAAUAAUGAUGAUUUUGUACUUAUGAGGGGCGCUAUAUUAGCUAGAGAUUGAUUUGGCAGUAGCUACUCUGUUUCCGGUUAAGAGAGAAACCUGUUGGAUUUGCCUUUGAAUCAUGUGCUUUUAACACUUGAGGUGAGGGCUAGAGUCUGAAAUGUUUUUCUGCAGCCAAAAUUACUUCUGACUGCCAUAUUCUUUCUUCAAACCUAACGAUAAACUACAAGUUGGAAAAAUAACAAAGUUAUCCAGAUAAUACAAUUGGAAGACUUUGUGCACCCGGAGAACUAGAUAGUGACACAUGUCCAUGGACUCAGAUGCCUUGCACCCAGCUUUUAUCUGACAGAGAAACCUCUUUUAUCAGACACAUGCUUUUCUUCCCAUUCUAGUCAUUUGACACAGGAAUUAGUAGAGGGAUUUUUUUUUUCCUCAUUUUAUUUUCAGUGAGUACAUUUAGCUUUUAACCACACACCAUAAGGCCCACAAAAAUGAACUGGGAGUCCUGCAGUACCAGGUGGGAGACCUGGUUGUGAUUUUGUCUUAGUCCCUUUGUUAUUCCCAAAGGCCAGAAGCCCUGUGAGCAACAAGAAGAACCUGCCAGCCCAAAGAGCCCCCUGUGCUGUGACAUGACUGUGACAGUCUGUCUGCUUAGCAUUAACCCAUCUCAGGUUCCUCCAUGCAGGGUGUGUCAUGGCCUCAGUGCCCUGAGUUUACCCUGGAGAACCCAGCAGCAAUUCCCAGAAUUCCCAGGGUACUAACACAUGUGUCAGGUCUUCCUUCCUUAUUCCUUCAAUACGCAGUACUGAGAAAAGGAGAAAAAGGAAAAAAAUAAAGCCUUAUUCUGUUUUAUUUGCUACUUACUAUAUGAAACCAUUUUAAAUUAAACAUUCGUUGGGAAAGUUCUGAUAUUUCUGAAGGAAGUGGAUAUAGUAUGUAACUAUGGGAGGUCCAUUGCCCCUUGUAAGCUCUGGAACCCAAAAUGUCUGGAAAUAUUUGAUGUUUCAGCAAAAGAAAGAAAGUAUGAUCCAAAUUAAAUUGUCCAAAGAUACCUCA